AUGAAGCUGGUAUUAGGGUCGCCCUCGGUAGCUCUACCCGUGGCUGGUUCUGCGCUGAAACCAGCUAUACCAGAUAUUUGUUACUCACUAGAAACUACCCUUUGUUUAUCUGGAAGUGUUACCGAAAUGUUCCCCGAGGCUCAAUUUAUCAACCUCAGAACGUUUACUGCACCAACCAUCACCACCAAAUCGCUAGUUGAAAGAUCAACAGGUUUAUCAGCUACCUCAUCAACCACCACUUUAAUCCCAAUUUGUGUUCAAGCUAGAGAAUUUUGUUGGUCUCCCGUUCCAAUACCCACACCAUUGCCUAUCAAGAUUCCAUCUCUCCCGGAAUUUCCUCCAAUUCCAAACCCACCUUACUUUAAAUUCCUUGACAUUUUCUCCAUUGAUUUUCCUCCUGAUAAAUCUAAAUCGACAAGUACAUUUAGAAGUGGUAAAUUAGUGGAGCCUACCUGCACCUCAAAUUGUGGAAGCCUUUGCACAGCAAAUUGCCGCACUACCGGAACUCCUACCUCCACUGAAUGUGCGACAGAAACAGCAACAAACUAUUGGUCUCUUGUUUCUAACACGGUUACUGGAUGCGCUGUUGAGCCUAGUGUUAUGACUUUCACGGCAACAAAUUAUUGUCCACUUGUCGCACUACAAACAUGUGAUGAUGAAGAGCGAUCAAUAACUCCAUUUUGGACUAUGAUACAAACUACUAUUUCAGAACGUGUGUCAAUAUCGGGAUUCUUAUAUAUUGUUACCUCGGGGUCAAUAACUGUAAAUGGAGUGGAAUACAGUGUUUCAGCAGUUGUGAAUUCAUCUGCUAUGGUACUUGGAGGACUUACCGCUACUCUAUAUCCUCUGGCUGUUGUAUCUUCUGCGUCCAUCACUGCCCCUGGCUAUGGAACCAAUCCAUUAACACCCACAAGCACGGUUGCUCCAGUGCAAAGUACUACCACUUCAUUAUUACUAACCCCAACACUUAGCGAUCCCAAUGAUGAGGGAGCAAGAAGUUCUGUUUUCCUUUGUAAUCAAGGCAAUACUCUUUUACCUGGUGGUCCUGCCUACACAUAUGUGUACACGGAUCCAACAGGUAUUAACGUCAUCGCACAAGUGAAUUGGGCCUCUGAUCAAACCGGAGGUAGUCCCGAAGAUGGCUGGUCAUUGGGAUCUGAAUUUGAUAUCUGUGAAGCACAUUUCGAUUACAACGUCUUCUUUUACGAUGAUGAGAGCAUUGAUCAUAAUUAUGGUGGCGCUUAUAUUUGGCAUGGUCCCCUUGGAUGCAUUGAAUACAUGAUAUAUGCGAUCAAAAGUGGAUCGGGAAGUAGUAGUUGUAGCUAUUCUGAGGAUGAUGGAUGUACUCCAGAGAGUCCGGCAUGUUGUGCUGAUGGAACUUGUGAUAGUACACGAAAAUCGGUUAUGAAUCGCGUUACCCUUAUUUCAGAGAGCUUGGGACUCGCUAGGGAUCAGAAUACGACCCAAACUUGA